AUGAAGAGAUUGGUACAGCGCGGCAGGUGGUUUCUUCCAGAGAAGAAUGACCAACCCCUCUCGCGUCCCUUCUCUUAUACCCCUAAACAGGCUCCUCCCACCAUCGGUGGCAUCGCCCCCUCCUCCUCCUUGACCGCUAAUUUCCUUAUAAGCGUGUCCAAACGACCCGCCAUCUUCCCGGUCCUGCUUUGUGAUCUUCCCGCUGGAGAACGCAUUCCUCAUUCGCGCCUGCCAGACAGCAAUUUCUGCAGGCCAGCCAGUUCCAGCCUGGGCGUCCCAUUCGGGGAGCAGAUCCGAAACCCACAGUACGGAUCUGCCCGGCACCUGCAGGGAUCCUCGUGA